AUGCCUUCAAACGUGAAAACAAGCUUUCAAAUUGCCAAAGACGAACUUCUUCGUUGCUUGGUAAAUCAAUUUAGAACUCUUCAUAUAAAUCAUCAGAUAUCUUGGGUGAUUAUCGCAAAAGAAAUGCAAACUCGUACAUCUAAACAAUGUCGAGAAAGAUGGUUGAAUCACCUAGAUGAUUCAAUCGACAAAUCUCCGCUAACCGAAAACGAGGAGAAAUGUAUUCGACAAACGAGGCAACAUCAACCUAACCUGACUUAUGUUCAAAUCGCAAAAAUGCUUCCUGGACGUACCCCAUUAAUUGUUAAAAAUUUUAUUUACCGAGAAAGAUUUAAAACGAAAAGUUCUACCUUACGAAUUCAACGAAAGAUGUCCAUCAAUUUUAUUAGAUAA